AGAAAACCCAGGGAAAACCCACGGAAAACGGGUGCCAGCGUGACCGGGCGCACGCAGGGUGAGGGGAGCACCUUUCCCAGAUCACCCCAAGAUCAGAGCCAGACUUCAUCACACCAGAUUUGGACAUGGCCAGGGAACCCAAGCCGAGCCGGGCCAGGCUGGGCCAGAAGCGGCAGCACGGCAGCAGCCUGUACCACAGUAACUGCGAGCUGGACUACGAUCUCUAUAGGGAUGACUUCCCGUACCGGGUGUACGAAUACCAGAAGAUCCCCCCCCUCAUUAACCGCAUCCCAGUCAAGGCCAGACGGACUCACGUGGGGGCAGGAGGCAAAAGCAGCCUGAGCCCCCAGCCCGGGGCGAGGAGCAGCACCAGCUCCACAGCGGGACGGACGAAGUUGCGGGCCGAAGAGCUGCACUCCAUCAAGGGCGAGCUGAGCCAGAUCAAGGCGCAGGUGGACAGUCUGCUGGAGAGCCUGGACCGCAUGGACCAGAGGAGAGAGCGGCUGGCGGGGUCCAAGGAGAGCGAGAAGAAGAGGGUAGAGACAGGAGCAGAGUCGCCGUCCCCAGCAGGAGAGGGGUCACGGGAGCCCCGGGGGAAGGAGGGGACGGGAGCUGACGGGCACAGCGACCUGCGCAACAUCGACAGCGCCGAGGAGAGCACAGACACGGAGGAGACGGUGAAAAACCACAUGUCGGACCCUGAAGGGAGCCAGUAGACAGACUGGGGUGCCGUGGCCAGCCCUUCCCGUCUUGUGUUCGUAUUUCUUUUGAGGCUUCCAGCUAGUGCCACGCAGGACGCGAGGCGCCCGCUCUCGGCACGGCCAUCCCCUGCCGCCGGCAGCCCCGCGUCCCACCCCCCGGGAGACACCGGCCACCCGUGGCGAGAGAAGUCUUUGUGUUCCAGUGCGCUUGUUUUCUUUUUCCUCCUGUUUCAGACCUAGGGAUGAGCAGACGUGGCUGGGGGAGGGAGGGGAGGAGCAGAAAAAAGAAAAAAAAAAGAAAAAAAAAAAAAAAAAAAGGGUGGUAUCCCGAAGGAGCAUCCCAAAUCCCAGCUGCCUUGCGUGCAAGCAUCCCCCCACCCAUAGGGUGCUGUGGGGUGCAGCGAAAGCACCCCAGGGCUCCCAGCCUCUACAGCACAGAUCGUAUCCCGACCUCCAGUGCCCUUCAAGCCCACUCGCUGCCCCCAUGCUUCAAACCCCCCCUUCCCACCCCGUGAAUUGGUUCAGCAGGCGUUGGGUACAGCCCAGAAAGGCUCUCGGAGGUGCUCAGCAUCCCGCUGUGAUGCCGUGGGAAGGAGGGACCACCCUGAGACAGCUCCGAGGGGCUCCCGUGGGAUUUUGUGAUGGAGGAGCGGUGCUGAGCCCAGCUCUGACACCGGCUGCAGGGCCAGCAACAGGCCAGCGCAAACCCAGCUGCUCCCAGUCCCCCCUGUUCCCAAAAGGGUUUCCCUUGCUGGUCCACCGCGGGCUGUCCUUGGCCACAGAUCGUGUUUGGGGUCAGCAGGGCACCCCACCUGCUCCCCAGCAUUGCAUCUCAGUUUGGUGUCCCUCAUUUCUAGGUCGUCCUUCUCUCACUGGUAGGAACUUGUUCUGUAUUUCUAAUUUGCUCUGGUAAAAGAGUGUAUUGUGUUGGAAAGAAAAAUAAUUUGUA